UUUGCGAUAGCCCUAUUUGGUUGUCAAAAAACAAUCAUGAAUAUGUUUUCUUAUUCCUAUGCAGCGCAUGCAACUUAAUUAUCCUGUUCCCUGCAGGUUUUGGAUAGGAAAAGUUGGUUGAGUCAGUUGCAUUGAAAGUGCUUAAAUAAUACACCAUAAGGUUUCUGGAGUUUACUAGUCAUGGCUAAGAAUGGUGAUAUGCCUGUGCAGGAGAGAAAGUGGAAGUUGCCACUUUUUAUUUUCUUCCAAGAUGCCAGGCAUAUUUUCAAGUUGGAUGCACUUGGGGUGGAGAUACUGCAGAUUGCAUUCCCUGCAGCGCUGGCAUUAGCUGCUGACCCCAUUGCUUCUUUAAUUGACACAGCAUUCAUUGGCCGCUUAGGUCUGUCUUUAUGUUCUUUUUUGUUUUCUCUUGAAUGACCUUGAUUACUUUUUACUUGGAUAAUUUCUUGAGAUAAUUGCUCCUUGUGAAUCAGGUAUGCUUUU